GUGGCGGGUGGGUAAUGGCAGCCCUGUGAGGAGGAGCCGGGACAGCGGUGGGGCAGGGGCCGCGGCCUGCGCGAGAGACGCGGUGUGGGCCGGGGAGGCGGGCAGGCGACGCUGACCCAGGCCUCUCCUGUUGCCAGAUCAACUCUUAACGCCCCACAAUGUCCUUGAAACCACGAGUGGUUGAUUUCGAUGAAACAUGGAACAAGCUUCUUACAACAAUUAAAGCUGUUGUUAUGUUGGAUUAUGUUGAAAGAGCUACAUGGAACGACCGCUUCUCGGACAUUUAUGCUUUAUGUGUAGCCUAUCCUGAGCCUCUUGGGGAGAGACUUUAUAUGGAAACUAAAAUUUUUUUGGAAAAUCAUGUACGCCAUUUGCACAAGAGAGUUCUAGACUCUGAAGAACAAGUACUGGUAAUGUAUCAUAGAUAUUGGGAUGAAUACAGUAAAGGGGCAGACUAUAUGGACUGUUUAUACAGAUACCUCAAUACUCAGUUUAUUAAAAAGAACAAAUUAACUGAAGCUGAUCUUCAGUAUGGCUAUGGAGGUGUGGACAUGAGUGAGCCGUUGAUGGAGAUUGGAGAGCUAGCACUUGAUAUGUGGAGGAGAUUAAUGAUUGAGCCCUUACAGGCAGUCCUCAUUCGAAUGCUCCUCCGUGAAAUAAAAAAUGAUCGCUGUGGAGAAGAUCCAAAUCAGAAAGUAAUCCAUGGGGUUAUUAACUCCUUUGUUCAUGUUGAACAGUAUAAGAAAAAAUUCCCUCUAAAGUUUUAUCAGGAAAUUUUUGAGUGUCCUUUUCUGAAUGAAACAGGGGAGUAUUAUAAGCAAGAAGCGUCGAAUUUAUUGCAAGAGUCAAACUGCUCACAGUAUAUGGAAAAGGUUUUAUGUAGAUUAAAAGAUGAAGAAAUGAGAUGUCGAAAGUACCUAAACCCCAGUUCCUACGGCAAAGUCAUUAAUGAAUGCCAACAACGAAUGGUAGCAGAUCACUUACAGUUCCUUCAUGCAGAAUGCCAUAACAUCAUCCGACAAGAGAAGAGAAAUGACAUGGCAAACAUGUACACGUUGCUUCAUGCUGUGCCAAGCGGCUUACCUCAUAUGAUUCAGGAACUACAAAACCAUAUACAUGAUGAGGGCCUUCGAGCAACCAGCAACCUUUCUCAGGAAAACAUGCCCACCCAGUUUGUGGAGUCAGUGUUGGAAGUACACAGUAAAUUUGUUCAGCUCAUCAACACCGUUUUGAAUGGGGAUCAGCGUUUUAUGAGUGCCCUUGAUAAGGCUUUGACAUCAGUGGUGAAUUAUAGGGAACCAAAGUCCAUCUGUAAAGCGCCUGAGCUGCUGGCCAAGUAUUGUGACAACUUGCUUAAAAAGUCGGCAAAAGGCAUGACGGAAAAUGAAGUAGAAGACAAACUUACCAGCUUCAUUACUGUUUUCAAGUAUAUCGAUGAUAAAGAUGUUUUCCAAAAGUUCUAUGCCAGAAUGUUGGCGAAACGGCUUAUCCAUGGCUUGUCCAUGUCCAUGGACUCUGAAGAGGCUAUGAUCAACAAAUUGAAGCAAGCCUGUGGUUACGAGUUCACUAGCAAGCUCCAUCGAAUGUAUACAGACAUGAGUGUUAGUGCUGAUCUGAACAACAAAUUCAACAACUUCAUAAAAAAUCAAGACACCAUUGUAGAUUUGGGAAUUAGUUUUCAGAUAUAUGUACUUCAGGCUGGUGCGUGGCCCUUAACUCAGGCUCCUUCAUCUACGUUUGCAAUUCCUCAGGAACUGGAAAAAAGUGUACAGAUGUUUGAAUUAUUUUACAGUCAGCAUUUCAGUGGGAGGAAACUUACCUGGUUACAUUACCUCUGCACAGGUGAGGUAAAAAUGAAUUACUUGUGCAAACCGUAUGUAGCCAUGGUUACCACAUACCAAAUGGCAGUGCUGCUUGCCUUCAACAAUAGUGAAACCGUCAGUUACAAAGAACUUCAAGACAGUACACAAAUGAAUGAGAAAGAACUGACAAAAACGAUCAAGUCGUUACUUGAUGUCAAAAUGAUCAACCACGACUCAGACAAGGAAGAUGUAGAGGCAGAAUCGACUUUUUCAUUAAAUAUGAACUUCAGCAGUAAACGAACAAAAUUUAAAAUCACCACAUCAAUGCAAAAAGAUACACCGCAGGAAAUGGAACAAACCAGAAGUGCUGUUGAUGAAGAUAGGAAAAUGUACCUUCAAGCUGCUAUAGUCCGUAUCAUGAAAGCACGGAAACUGCUGCGACACAAUGCUCUUAUACAGGAGGUAAUUAGCCAAUCAAGAGCUAGGUUUAACCCGAGCAUCAGCAUGAUUAAGAAGUGUAUUGAAGUUCUGAUAGACAAACAGUACAUUGAGCGGAGCCAGGCCUCAGCAGAUGAAUACAGCUAUGUAGCAUGAGGUUACUACCCGGCAGGUGUGGUUGUAUGGAGAUCAUUGCUGUCGCUGCUUGGUGUGUCCUGUGGAGAAAAAAAACAGGCCUGUUGUGCCUCCAUAAUCGGUCACUUGGCAGCCCCUGUUUUUUCUGCUGUUUACAACAUCACCAGUGCCACGUCAUGAGCGUCAGAUGAAAGCAAGCCUAUAGAUAUUCCAAGCUCAUGUCAUUACGACAUUUCUUAAAACUUUACUAAAAGAGAAUGAGUGAAGUCUUGCUGAAAUGUGGAGAUUUUGGUUGGGUACCAUGCUUUCCCUCCCCCCUUCAUCCCCCCCCCCACGUUUGCAGUUGAUGUUUUUUAAUGUAUCUUAAAAGACAAAGUUAAAACAGACUAAAUAUUGUAAUAUGGCAGAUAACAUAAUAAUUGUAUCUACAUUAAAAUGUAAAAAGACGAACAUGAUACUGCUGCUUGUCAAAUAAAUAAAGAAAUGGAAUAUC